AUGAGUUCUGUCCCGCUCACACCUCCGACCGGCGGCGAAAAGCGAUCCAUCCCUAAAGACUUUACGGGAGAUCGAGCUCAGUCCACUCUCGUACCGUUCGAAAAGGUGGAUGCGCUCCUCACCGCACCCGGCUCGGUCCUCGAGACUGAAGUCAAGUUCCUCCACGGACGACUCACUACCGUCUGGAAGCAGCUGCCCGCCUCGGUCCGAGACCUAUGGAUGUUUGCCGCUACCACUCAUACCGAUCGCACGUUCAUCGUCGCCGAAGGCGAAACCUACACAUACGGUGAUGUUCACAAACGUGUCGUGCUGGCUGCGAGCUGGUUGUCGAGACAGUUCGGCGUAGCAAAGGGCGACAGAGUGGCCGUGGUGGGUAGGAACCACGUGGAGUUCGUGAUCGGCUUCUUUGCGAUUCAUCUGUUGGGUGCAGUGCCCGCUCUGGUGAAUGCAUUCUUGCCGGGCAAAGCGAUGUACGAUUGCAUCAGAGACGUCGGUUGCAAAGCUGCACUGUUGGACGUGGAAAGGUACAGGAGGAUGAGGGAUGCGGAGGAGGAUCUCGUCCAGAAGCUCUUCACAAAGGCGGGCGACGAGUGUGUGGACGACUUUGGUUGCACUCCGGGAGCCCAUGGUGGGUUGAGUGGUGUUGCCGUGUUUCCCAGGGCUUUUGCCGGGGUUGUAAAGGAGAACGAGAGGGAGUGGGCGAACGGCAAAGGCGGCGACAAGGUGUUUGACGCUUCCGAGCUGGAUCGCAAGUACGCCUCCGUAGGAUCGGGCGCAGAUGCGAUUCCCAAGGUUGACAUCCAACCCGAGGACAUGGCUUCCGUCCUGUACACUUCGGGCACCACGGGCAAACCGAAGGGUGUUGCGGCUACGCAGCGACAGUUCCUCUCCGCCGGACCGAAUUCGGCGUUCAGCAUGGCUCGCGCUUACGUCCGUCGUGGACUCGCACCACCCGUGCCGCAGCCAGACGACGAACAACCCUCGAUCAUCUUCCUCAUUCCACUCUUCCACUCCACCGGCAUCCAAUCCGGUCUCUGCCCCUCGGUCAUGAAGGGCAACAAGAUUGCCCUUCUCCCCAAGUACGACGUCGACGCCGCAGCCAAACUCAUUCAGCAGCAUUCGAUCCAAAUCGUCCUCGGUAUCGGAUUCAUGGUGCGCGAGAUCGUUCUGAGCAAACACGAUCUCCCAUCCGUCCAAGGCCUCUCCCACGGCGGAUCAUCCAGCGCCAAAGAGCUUCCCGAAGAAUCACGUCAGAAAGCCCCCUCGAUGCUCAUCGGUCAAGGCUACGGAAGCACCGAAGUCAACGGUGCAGCCGCCGGACUAGCCAGCGACGAUUACGCGGCUCGACCCACCUCUGCCGGUCGACCACCCCCUACCAACGACAUCCGCAUCAUCGACCCGGACACACUCACCGAAGUCGCCAACGGCAAAUCGGGUGAGAUCUGGAUCCGUGGUCCCAACGUCGCGCUCGGCUACUGGGGCAAGAAAUCCGCCACCGAGGAAGCCUUCACCAAGGACGGAUACUUCAGAACCGGUGAUCUCGGUCGCAAAGAAGACGACGGUUUCAUCUACGUCAUGGAUCGUUCCAAACACAUCAUCAUCCGUGGCGGUGAGAACAUCAGCGGUACCGAGGUGGAAACCGCCAUCUAUGCGGAAAGGAGGAUCAUCGAUUGCGCCGCUGUUCCUAUUCCGGACGACAGAUUCGGCGAGACCGUCGGCGUGGUCUGCGUGCCCCGCGUAGAGUAUCAGAAGCAAAACAGACCGACGGAAGAGGACGUACUGGCGGUGGCGAGAAAGUACUUGCCCAAGCACGAGGUUCCUGAUUUCGUCUGGAUCAGGGACGAACCGUUGGAGAGGAAUGCAAAUGGAAAGGUGGACAAGGCCAUCGUCAAGGAUGCUGCUAAGAAGCGCUUCGCAGAGAUGAAGGCUGCCAACACGAAGCCCAAGUUGUAG